AUAUUGCUUGUUUUUAGCUCGUGUGCCCCGCAUUUCUGCUCAUUCGAUUGUGCCUCCAAGGGAGUUGUUACUUAACAAUGCUUGGCAUUUGUACGGUGGUGUCGAUUCCAGUUGGUUUUUGUGGUAAUUGCGUACGCACUUGCGAAAUAAAAAGUCAUUACUUGAUCAAUAAAAAACCUAAAAGAAAAAGGCUACAAAUUAGAAAGUGUCGUGACUAGUUUUUCAUAAGUAAAAAGCAACAACAAACAUGGCAAACAAGCUACACAGUGGUAUACAUCAUGCAACGCUGCGGUCGCUGCAAGAGUGCGGCUGUGAAAUAACGCCACAUAAUCUUAUGUAUCCUUUAUUUCUUAUCAACCAAGAUGAUGCAGUGGAGCCUGUGGGCAGCAUGCCUGGCAUAAUGCGUAUGGGUCUGAAUAAGUUACGUGCACACCUUACACCUUUAGUGGCAAAAGGUUUAGGCUCGGUUUUACUAUUCGGUAUUGUGGAUUCAAGUAUGAAAGAUGAUGUGGCCACACAUGCGGAUUCAGAAAAAAAUCCUGUAAUGCGUGCUGUGCCGCAACUCCGUCAAUGGUUUCCAGAUCUGCUUAUAGCCUGUGAUGUGUGUUUGUGUCCGUAUAAGAAAGAUGGACAUUGCGGUAUAUUUGGUGAGGGCGGCAUUGAUAACAAACGGAGUAUUGCACGCUUGGCUGAGGUGGCUGUGAAUUAUGGACGUGUAGGUGCACAAAUUGUGGCACCAUCUGAUAUGAUGGACAAUCGUAUUGGUGCCAUUAAACAGGCUCUGGUUGCUGCAAAUUUAGAAAAUCGUGUAUCUUUACUCUCGUAUGCAGCGAAGUUUGCGUCAAAUUUUUAUGGUCCAUUUCGUGAUGCAGCGCAGUCCAAACCAGCUUUUGGUGAUAGGCGUUGUUAUCAGCUGCCGAGUGGUUCUAAGGGCUUGGCAAUGCGUGCAGUGCAACGUGAUGUACAAGAAGGUGCUGAUAUGCUAAUGGUUAAACCUGGUAUGCCUUAUUUGGAUAUACUGAGAGCAACAAAAGACACUUAUCCGCACUAUCCACUGUUUGUAUAUCAGGUGUCGGGUGAAUAUGCGAUGCUUUACCAUGCAGCACAAAAUGGUGCUUUCGAACUUAAGUCUGUGCUAAUGGAAACAAUGAAAGGAUUUAGGCGUGCUGGCGCUGAUUGCAUCAUAACUUACUUCACACCGUUGCUAUUGGAGAUACUUGAGGACUUGAAGUGAUACCGAAGUUAUUUGCUCAUCAAUAGAAGUUUAAAGUCCAACUUUUUUUUUUUAUGGAAACCUACAUUUCAUAUUGAUAUGAGUUAAUUUUGUUGAGCUGGUUUCUUUCUGGAAAUUCAAAGGUUUUAAUAAUUCAUUAAUAUUAAGUUUUGUUUUUAUUUUAUUUAAUUAUUUUUUGUUUUUGCAAUAAUAUCUUUAUACA